GCAAAGAAAUACAUUUCCGUCUCUUUCUACUGAAAGAUAGAAAGAGACGGAAAGAUACUUUUAACCAAUCACAAAUCGGAUUAAGAAAGAGAGAUGUCUUGACUACUAUCUCUCUGGAGGUUCUCGGUCCAGCUAGGCUUGGCCUCGAGCGUGGCAGUUUAGUCUUUCAGUAUAGAUAGACGGUAGCGACGUACCGUCGCUAAAAUUAGAAUUGAUAGGUGUAAAACGUGACAGAUUGACAAUGAAAUUGUCAAUGAAUUGUCUUGCAUGUCAUUUCGUUAUUGUGUGUUUUAUUGUGAAAAUGUGACUCAUCUCGAAAUUAUCAAAUUCGUAAAAACGGACCGCAAAUAAAGUUUCUUUGAAUUUUAUACAUAAAUAUUUUUUACUCUUUCCAACAGCUGUUCGUGUUUUCCCGUUUAAAUAGACUUCACUUUACGUGCUUUUGACGACCAUUUACUGACUGUUAGGUGAAAAAAGGAUAGUCAAAAUUUAUUUUUACAAUUAAGUGUUUUAAAACGCUUUUGUUAUUCUGUUUUAUAUACUCUGGCGAAAAUAAAGCAUAAAUUGGAACAUCGGAACGUAAGUAUGGAAAGUGUGAUAAAAGCGUAAUUGAAGUGUGUAUAAAGCGUAGAUUGAGACAUCGAAGCGUUAAACGCUUGUAUAACGCUUAUACAACGCUUUAAAAAGUUUCAAGAAGUUUUCUAUUUUUGCCAGGAUAAAUUCUUUUUAUUUACAAAUGCCAUGGCGAAAACUACAUGUGAUUUUUUGUUAAUGAGGUCAUCAAUAUGGCUGCGGCGAGUAGACAGGUGCCUUAAAUGUUAAUUUAUCAUCAGAAAACAUCGUUACGAUUAAUUAUAAGAAGAAGUUGAUGUAUAGACAUUGAGGAUACAAAGUACCGUUACGACGAAGAAGAGAGAGCUAAAUGAGAGGGAAAGAAAAUGAGGUGUAUAUAUUAGAAGAGUUUACUGACUUCGGGAAUCAGUUGAGCUCCGAGCUGUAUUCCUAUGAGCAACACAAAUCAACGGCAUAUAUAGUAGUGUGGAAUAAAUUGGAGAAUUGGAGUCACGUUAAACAUCAACCAACAGUAGCGGUGUAUAACAGCCAAGAGUUACAACAAUGGAUGGAAACAAUGAUGGGAACAAACUAUGCAGACAUCUCUCAACGGAAUCUGAAGAUGAAUCAAAGUGCAAGAAACAGAAAAAACACUACAAAGAGGACAACUUCUACAAUGUUAUAACUAGUAUUCAAUCUUUAGUUGCGAAGAUAGGUGAAAACCGUGAGGUUUAUUCUCAUAAUACUGCACAAUCAUCUGUAUUAUAUAGUACUUCUAUACUGACAAAUGGCGUAAGACAGCCUUUGCGACAAUCAUAUAACCCAAUACCUAUAACUUUACAUCCGUUUUCACCUACAAAUUUUCGACAUAGUAAUUCUCUUGAUUUUACAUCUCUGAUUACUCCGUGUUCUUUUACUCAGACGCAAACAAUUUCGUUAUCAGCUGACAGUUAUACAUACAAUGUACCUCAAAACCUUUCGAAAUCCUGCAAUGCUUCAGUUUUUACGCAAUUGCCAUUUGAAACAAACAUGACGCAUUCUAUACAGCUUCAAAAUUUUCCAUAUUCUAAACUUCGAAACCAUACUCAAUCUUCCGUGCAUUUAAUAUCGCAGAGUGACAUAAUGAAUGUUUCUCUGGAAUGUCCUAAUUUUUAUAGUAACAACAACACAGAGCCUUCUAACAAUAUUACUAAUACAUUAAACAUUAAUAUGUUAAACAAGCAUUACGAAAACAUGACACAAAUACGCGACAUUAAUAUUUUUGACGAUAAUAAAAGAAUUACAACCAGAAGAUAUGACAUGUUAUUGAUCAACGACAAUCUACAAAAUACUAUCGUAAAUACUCAACCGGAUGUUCAAGAAAUGAAACAAUAUAUCUUCAGAGAGAGUUUAUUAAAUAGGAAACUAAUGAAUCUUGCUCAAAUAGUACGUCCUAUAAGACUUUGUUUACCUCGUUGUCUACCUCUUCAGACUGUUGAAGAUGUUUAUCAGUUUGAAACAAUAGAUGAUGAUCAGUAUCGUGAAGUGGUUCGAUAUAUGCAAUAUUUAGGCGGCUUGACUCCAUCCGAUGCAAUCUUCAAUGCAUUUAAACAUGCGAUAACUGAUGAAUUAUCAAAGCAUUAUACUUGGUAUGGUGCAGAAGAAGGUUUACAUGCAAUGUAUAAAACACGAAUUGCGAAGGCCAUUUGGGAAGCCGUAGCAACAAAUGUUAAUUUUGUGGCGCUAACUGAUACAGAAUUCAAAUAUAUUAUGAUGGAGUGCCUGCAACAUGCAAAGCAGCGUCUGUUUACAAUGCUUAGAACGGAAACUACAAAGGACACUAAUGUAUGUCGGACGCAGAUCAAGAAGUAGAUUGUCAUUAUAAAAACGAGAUAAUAUAAAUAAUGAUUUGAACAAUGAUUAAUUUAGUCUUAAAAAACCUCACUUAAUAGUAGAUAUAUAAAUUAAUAAUUAUUAAUUAAGAAUAAUUAUAUAAACAAAAUGUCCUUAACGAGUAAGUAAAUUUUGAUUUAACACUUAGUAGCCAUUGUAAUUUUUUGUUUCUUACUAGACAUCGCGGGGUCACUUGCGCUUCUAUUAAAGGAUACACCGCAAUGCGAUGGUUUUUAACCGUAUAAAUUUUACUUAGUUUCAACCUUAGUUCAACCUUCUAGUAUACGAGUAUCUAGUAUACUUAAAAAGUAAAGAAGCAAUAACAAUUAAUGAAACUAUGGCAAUUUUGGCAAACAUGUGAACAAGUUACGGCAAAUGCACAGUAAUUUUUGAAAAAUCAUAACUUUCUUAAGAAUUAUCAUAGAAAAUUGAUUAAAAAAGGAAAUUAAAAUUUAAG